GGCAGAAUUUGAAACUUUUUUUCCCCCCCGAUAGGCGUGCGUUGGGCCAGAAAGCAUCGGGUUUCAACCUUGGACUCCAGAGCCAGUGCGGUUUGCGCCGGGCAACGAGAUUUCUGCAAACAGAGCGGCCGCAGAAACCACCCCGCAGGGCUUUAAAAAAAAGAGCGAGCGAGAGAGAAGACUUAUAUUUUAAAAGCCCGAGGGGAAAAAAAGGUUUUGCAUUUCUCUCUCCCGAGAUAGUGGAAAGGGGAGUUUUUGCAGAAACCUUUGCCGUUCCGAAGGUCCGGUUGUCGGCACGUCUGGAUGCCCCAGAUCAGAAAAGAUGGACACCUUCAGCACAAAGAAUCUGGCUCUCCAAGCGCAGAAAAAGCUCCUGAGCAAGAUGGCGUCCAAGAACAUGGCAAGCAUUUUCAUUGAUGACACCAGCAGCGAGAUUCUGGAUGAGCUGUACCGGGUAACCAAGGAAUUCACCCGUAACCGCAAGGAAGCCCAGAAGAUCAUCAAAAAUUUGAUCAAGAUCGUCAUGAAGUUGGGCAUCCUCUACCGCAACGGACAGUUCGGUGCGGAUGAGCUGCUGCUGAUGGACCGUUUCCGCAAGAAGGUCCACACCCUGGCCAUGACUGCUGUCAGCUUCUACCAAAUUGACUUCACCUUUGACUGCCGGGUCAUGUCCAGCAUGCUCAACGAGUGCCGGGACCUCCUGCAUCAGGCAGUCAACACCCACCUCACCGCCAAGUCCCACAGCCGCAUCAACCACGUCUUCAACCACUUUGCGGACUACGAGUUCCUCUCGGCACUCUAUGGACCUUCCGAGCCGUACCGCACACACCUGCAGAGGAUCUGCGAAGGGCUCAACCAGAUGCUUGAUGAGGACAAAAUAUGAGCAUCAAAAGUCACACCGGCUUUGGCAGACUCUGUUUCGGGCACGAGCCGAAGGAACAUCAAGAGACCGUUGACUUUGACGGCAUCCACUUUGUCCGCCUCUGUCUUUAUCCGGUGCUAAAAUCUCAUCUUUCUUUGUAGCAUUUCAGGACUCCUUGCUCCAAUGGUGGCAGCUGGAAUCUCUUCUUUUUCCCUCCCCUCAAAUUAAAUUCGUUCUGCAAACAGCUUGCCUCUCCAUCAGAUGGAACCAAGGGAAGGGAAACAGGAGCAUCUGUGGAUUUGCUAAUCUUGGGCCUUAAAUAAAAGUCACCUUUAUUUGC